UCAGCAGAUUCAGUCCGGCCCACAUGAUUGUGGGAAGAAGCUAGAGCAGCAUUAGGAAAAGCCUAACCGAACAAACGGGGUUUUGAACAUGGGGGAAACUCAGAGCUUUCAAAGGCACAGAGGUCUUCUGCUUCCCACAAUGUAUUUGUAUUUGCACAGUUUAGACCAUUUCCCACAAGACUGUGUAGAACUAGACUAGUUAUUUGAUGUCUGGUUACACCGUCGUAAUUGCUCAAUAAUUCCUUAAUAAUCAUUGUAAUUUGUUUUAAAGUAUGUGGAAAUGGGAUAUCUUUCAAGAAACAGUGCUGCAAUAUCAAAUGUCUUGUGGGCAAUGAGGCAAGUUUGCAGGGCUUUUGAGUUUUUUGACCUUUACUAUUGUCUUUUAAAGCUUGUAAGUCCCUCCUUCCGAGGGUGUGGCUAUUUCCUCUUCAUCUUCCACCUGCUCCCAGAAGAUCUAUGUAACCGAAAGUGCCUCUUAGUGUUCCAGCUGUUUCCUAUAUCUGAACAGCCAGUUGAAAAUCAGCCCCAGGUAUGCGACCUAGAUAUAUGAGGGUUGUGUGGGAUAUUUGUAUAUUUUGUUCAGAGAGUGGCACGUAUCUGUGUCCACAGCCCAUUUUGACGCAAAAUGCAGACAUGGUGUCUUGAAACUUUAACCCAAUUUAAAAUACCGUUUUGAUCUAUACGCUAUCCGUAACGGGCUAUGCAUUUCUAUAAGAUGGUGUUUCUUUCUUACCCCAUUGUAGAAGAAUUUUGGGUUCUGCAUUCCAACAAAAUAAUCUCUGCCUUGUGAAUUUAGAGAGGGCGGCUGCCCAUGCACAGCUCCCCACCCUCUCAGGUUUAGGGUGAAGACAGGCUCUCUGUAUACUACCCUUUAUUGGGUUUAAAACUAUGAGAGUGGACAAGAGUGCUGUCAAAGUUUUUAUUAGUUUUAUUUAUAAAAUGUUUACCCCUUCGGACUUGUCACUCUCAUAGCUGCUUACAGCAAACUGAAAAAGGUAGAGCAGUAAAAACAUCAAAUUUGUGGCAGUUACUGUGUGAAAUUUUCUGCAAGAAGAUUGUCGUGGGUUUUAGUCCAGAAUAAAGUCCAGCUGAUUAUAGGGUACUGGGGGGUGGGGUGGGCGAUGGCACUUUAUAAAAUGUAUUCUAUAAAUACAGAAGGGUAUGAUCUCUAGGAUUAUGUUUUGGGCUUCCAUUUUUUCCAGUGCACUGAAGUAACAUUUGCUGCUAGUCACGGUUUUUCUUCUGCUUGUGCCCUCUAGUAGGCCACCUAUGUUUGCAUGAAGGUUGCAAGAUGCUGGUGUUAAACUGUUCUACAAAGCUGCAAAUACUGGAACACAAAUUACUCAGUAAUUUUCCUGAAUCACUCAAGGUUUAUGGAGCAGUGCUAAAUAUAAACAGAGGAAACCCCUUCAGGAAGGAAGUGGUGGUGGAUUCAUGGCCAGAAUUUAAAGCUGUUAUUACCCGCCGGCAGAGAACGGCUGAAAGUGAUGACCUGGACCAUUUUACCAAUGCCUAUGCUGCAUUCUACAAGGACCAGCAAGCAUAUCAAGCAUUGCUGGAGAACCCAGACACUGUAAACUGGGAGCAGGUCUUCCAAAUACAAGGACUGCAGGAUGGAUUAUACGACGCUUCCCAAGCUGUAGCUAGUUCCAAGCUUGUGGAUGUAAAGCGGUCUUGUUUCCAAAUGGUUAUCCAUCCAGAUCCUGAUACACUUCCUGAGGUUAAACUCCCGCUAGUACCUCCACCCAAGCUUGCUUCGCUCGAAGUCUCCCAUGCCAGCCUGCUGAACAGCACCUGGUCCCGAGGAGGAAGCGAACAAUGCCGAAAAUACCUUGCCAGCCUCAUUUCCUGUUUCCCUAGCACCUGCGUCCUGGAUGAAGGGGGCUGCCCCAUUGCCUGGGGUUUGACGGACCAAUUUGCUACUAUGAUCCAUGGUUAUACUUUGCCAGAAUACCGCAGGAAAGGGUACAACCGCCUCAUAGCAACAGUCCUUGCUAAGAAGUUACAUAGCCAGGGCUUCCCAGCUCAGGGAAAUGUCCUGGAGGAUAAUGUCCCAUCAGUAACUCUACUGAAAAGCAUGAAUGCCCAGUUCUUGCCAUGCCAGUUUGUCAGACUUAUCCACACGCCUUUCGGUUUUGUAAACACAUCUCGGCUGUAGCUUAGCUUAGAGAUUCAGUGACCUUUGUGGCAUUUCUUUACAAUGGAUGAAAGAUACACUGCAGCAGUUUGGGGGGUGAAAUUUGGUGAGAUGCAGAAAGUCAGAAAACUUCAUAGAAUCUUAGAGUUAGUCCAGCCCCCUAGAAUGCGGGAAUCUCAGCUAAAGCAGUAUGCAUAGUACCAUAUU